AUGGAUCGAACACCUGAUAAUUCGCAAAAUCCACCCUUAUCGUCUACCGUCGCAUUUACCCCACCAGCAACGGAACCAACAGAAACUGUUGUGACUAGCCAAUCGAUUGAAGAUCAGACCACUGUUACACAAGAUACCGAACAUAGUCAUCAUGAAAAAAAAUCCGUUACAUUUUCGGAGAGCGCACCCACUGCUAUCAUUUAUUUCGAAGGAUCAGCUGAUGGAACGCCUCAUGUGAAAUCAAUGAAGAUGACGUCGAUGGGUGUUGAACAAGAAACUAGCAAAGCGUUCACGAAUCAUGUAGAAGGGGACACUUACCACACAUUCAAGGUCAACGGAGUUCCAGUCUUGAACUGUUUUGUGACAACUAUUACGCUUAGCAAUGUAGCUGUACAAGCCGAGGAUCCGGUAUACGAAGCUGCCGAUCGAAAAGAAAUGGUUGAAAAUGUUAAACAGCAGAAUGCUUCGGACAUGCCAGAAGUCAAGGAAGAAAAGACACAUGAUUCUGUAACUGCUUCUUCGUCAACUCUUUCUUCCAAAAAUCCGACGGGAACGAUACAGGACACAAAUGAGAAAGCUUUACCUACUAACACAGCAAAAACUCAACAUCAAACGGAGCUCGAGUCAACAACUGACAAAAUACACAGCAACCUAGCCAAUGGUACUGAAGGCGGUCCGAUUGAAGCCGCUGGUAAAAACAGUGAACCUCUACCAACUUCGGAAAAGGCACCAGUUCCAUCGAAAGUGGAGGAUUCCUGCCUUGCUACCUCCAGUUCAAAGAAAGAUGUGAAAGAAGCCGGAUUGACCGACACUAAUUCUCAACCGAAGCAUGUCGAACCGAAUCUCGAGUCAGAAAUUCCUCAAAAAGUGAAAAACAUCGUCGAUGGUAUUGAAGCCGACUCGACUGAAACCACUGGAAGUAAAAUUGAACCAACGCCUGUACUCACCUCUGAAAAGUCACCAGUGUCAUCGAAAUUUGAGGAUUCUAGACCGUCUACCACAAAUUCAACGAAUGAUGUGAAGGAAGACAAUACCUCCCAAUCGGAACAAUCUGUCAAAUUGAUAACGUCUGAGGCCUCCAUUCUUCUAGAAUUCGAAAAUUCCUCAAAAUCAGAUAUAGCAACAUUGACCAGCAUGGAUAUUCCUUUUGUGGAUUCCGCUAGCGACAUUGUCUACGAGGAAAGAGAAAGGACUGAAGGUCCAGAACAGAAAAGUGCCCCUGAUAGUUCCGAACUUAAGGAAAAUGAUAAUUCAAACGACAAAGAGUUGAACAGUCUUUACUACCAAACACACUCUUCGUCGUCAACUCAACAUCAGCCAGAGCUCGAGCCAACAAUCCCUAAAACAAAUGGAAUCAUUGUCAAUGGAAUUGAAGUCGGUUCGAUUGAAACCGCUGCUACAAAUAGGGCGCAAUUCCCUCUUGUGCUCGCAGAUACAAAGACACAAGUUUUGCCGACUGUGGGGGAUUCCUGGCCUGUAACCACCAACUCUGAGGAGACUGUUAAGGAAAUGAUUUUGACCAGCACAACGUCUCAAUUGGAACAAUCCAUCCAAUACGAAGCCAUGGAGACUGCGGCUCAGGUUCUUCCAGAGGCCCAAAACAUAACCAACAAUUCUACGACUGAAACAAUGAAUAGUAACGAUAAUUCUUACUCAGUCAAAGUCGAAACUGAUGAAACACCAUUGGAAUAUGUCGAGUGUUCUAUGAAUACUUCGAGUGAAGAAUUCGAACAAUCCAUUUUGAUGGCAUCUGUUACACCAAAUAAUGAACUGAAUGUGAUCCUGUUGAAGGACGACAAGAUUGGAGAAUCCAAAAGAGCAGAUGCGGCAUCAUCGACGACCGUGGAUGUAUCUUCUAUGGAGAGCAAUGCAGCUGAGGUGCCAAACUCCAACGAAAAAAUUGAAUCAUCAGAAGCUGGCUCGAUCGAAGAUCCAAAGACGACUAAUCAAAUUCGAAUGGGAGAUGAGCCAAUAGUCGCCGAUAGCUCUGAAGCUGUCAAACCCGAUGUUGCGGAGCCUGUUGUUUCAGCUCCGUCUGCGCUUGAACGCAUUACUGAUACUUCCAUAAUAGAUAACCUGUCCAACACACCAGAACCAGCUCCGCCCGUUGCAGAGGGAAAUGGAAUUAAUUUGCCCAACAUCGGUCCGAUUAUUAUGGGCGCCACUAUCGGCUUUUUCAUCGCAAUGAAGUUGAGAUAG